AUGGCGUCGCAAACAGUUUCUGAUUUUUCAUCCACCAUAGAUUCCUUUGAAAAGGCUGAAGCCAUUGUCGAAAAGUAUGACUUACCCAUAGAUCUAGAAUAUCGAGCACCCUUAGGUACUGAGAGAGCUAAUACUCCACCAGAGGGAAAAAUCACUGUAUAUGAUAGGUCCAUGUUCCUGGGACUAAGAUUCCCCAUUCACCCUCUGUUUGGUAGGAUAGUGCAGUAUUAUAAGACCCCGCUUGCUCGAUUUACCCCCAAUUUAGUAACCGUAGUUCUCGGAUUCCUGAGACUCUGUGAGAUAAAGAAGGUAGCUCCUCGAUUAUUAGUAUGGAGAUACUUUUUUAAGGUCUGCGUGCCCUCGACCAAAUACAAGGACUGGUAUAACGUUAAGACGAAUGUCUCCUCGAAGGCGAACCGCAUAAUGGGACUCUUCGACGGUUCCCCAUCGUGGAAGCCGAAUUAUUUGUUUGUUUCGGCUCCUGAGGAUUUUUGUAUGGCUUCGGACUAUCGGGAAGCUCAUGAAAUGGGCGGGGUGGCAGAUGCCUGGUCCAAGCAUGAUAAGGCCAGUAUUGAGAGGUAUAGGGCUGACAUCGACGCCUUGGAAUCGGUCGAGAACAUCCUCGGCUACACGGAAGUGCAACAUUACAUUCCUCCGGUUCGCGUCGAGAAGAAAAAAGAUGAUGAGGGGUCGUCCAACAAGGUCACUAAGAAGAGAAAGCUUAGAAAGCUUGUGAAGGCGUCCGAUACGGGUGCCAAGGCCAAGAAGAAGAAGACUCCCACUCUUGAGGGAGUAGAGAAGCCGGUCGAGGAGCAAGUCUCGAUCGAGGGGGAUGCACUCACGGUGCUCCCUGAUGAUGCCGGGGAGGAGGUGCGCGCCGAGGACGAUGGACAGAGCAACCCGGAGCCAGAGGGGACGUCGGCUCCUCCACCCGAUUUGUACUUUGUUCAUCAUUUACAUCUACUGAUUCUUGAAGAAGAUGAGGUUGCCCGGUUUCCCUUCGCUUCAGGCAGCAAGAGGAAGAGUGGAAGCGCCGACCUUCACCAAUACGACUUGGACUUCCAUGCUUCCUUAUCCCUCGAGGCUAACAUUUACGAGGAGAUAGAAAAACUGAAGUCGGAAAACUCUCAACUAAGGAGGCGCGAGAAGAUUGUUAUAUCUCCGUGGUUCCUCAAGCAGCUCGAUACGCUUGCCUUGGUCGAGUCGCAGAUAAAGAUUCGCACCGAACGUUUUAUUGCCGCCAUCGACCUCCUGAAGAAGAGGACCAAGGAGGUGGAGUUCUAUUCGAAGCAAGCUGCCGUUUUGCAGAAUAUAUUGGUGGACAACGAGAUUUCCUUGCCCAUUCUCGACGACCUCGAUCCGGAGGACGAAGCUAGAGAGCGAGCAGCUGCUGAGGAAUAUCUUCUCAGAAUCGACGACCAAGAUUGGGAGAUUCUAGAUUUGAAGGACAAACUCGGGCAUUGUGUUCAUAAGCUUAGGUCGAUGGGAUGGUCCGGCCUGAUUAAGCCUUCUCGUUUUAACCCUAAGAAGACGGACCUCAGGAUUUAG